GUGUGAGUGUGUGUGUGUGUGUGUUGGGGGGGGGUGGUACGUGUGUGGCCGGGAAACAGAUCUCCCCAAUUUUGGCUCCACCAGCCUCAAGCUCACGCCCCUCCUCUCCAGCUUCUCCACCCCUUCUUCUCUCCCUCGCCCAGUCCCUCCCCCAGCCUUGGUGAGGGGGGGGCCGGGCUUGGCUCCGCCUGGCCCCGUGCAUUCCUGAGAGCCAGGCCAGCUAGAGCAACAAAGGAGCCGGGUAGUCGGCGGGGAGAGCUAGGGGGCUGCAGCGCGCUUGGCGGAGGAGGUGGCUGGGCCGCGGGCUGGCGUGGGGGCGGAGUCGGGGUCCUAGUUCUGCACCCCAGGCAGGCGCCAGGCCUCCAUCGCGGGGCUAGAAGUUAGUUUUCGUGGUAGAAGAGGGGAUGGAGCUAAGGAUUGGGGGCCCAGGGGGCUCCCGGGGCUGAAGACAACUUUCGAUUGCCAGGCGAGGGAGUCGGGAGUUGUGCAACCUGGCUUGGGCCUCCGCUGCCCAACAUGGGCCCCGGGUUCCAAACUUUGCGAAGUUGGGUGCCGGGGGGCCGGGGCGCGCGGAGCGUCCGGGGGAAGCCGGCCCCGGACUCGUGGGGUACUCAGAUCGCCUGAGUCGCCUCCGUGGCCCCCAGGGUUGUGCGUGCGGCCCGGGGGCUCCGGGGAGCGGGCGGGGGCGCCCAGGGCUUCUGCUGAGUUGGCGAGUUUGGCCAUGGCCGCUGCCCGCCCUGCGCGGGGGCCCGAGCUGCAGCUCCUCGGGCUGCUGCUGUUGCUGCUGGGGGGCCUGGGUCGGGGGGCGGCCCUGGGCGGGAACAGGACCGGGCCUGAGUCGCGGAUCGGUGGCGGGAAUGCGAAGAGGAGCGCGGCGGUGACCGGCCCUCCGUCCCUGCUGAGCCACUGCGGCCGGGCCGCCCCCUGCGAGCCGCUGCGCUCCAAUGUGUGCCUAGGCUCGGCGCUGCCCUACGGGGCCACCUCCACGCUGCUGGCCGGGGACUCGGACUCCCAGGAGGAGGCGCACGGCAAACUCGUGCUCUGGUCGGGCCUCAGGAAUGCCCCCCGCUGCUGGGCAGUGAUCCAGCCCCUGCUGUGUGCCGUGUACAUGCCCAAGUGUGAGAAUGACCGGGUGGAGCUGCCUAGCCGUACCCUCUGCCAGGCCACCCGAGGCCCCUGCGCCAUCGUGGAGCGUGAGCGGGGCUGGCCGGACUUCCUCCGAUGUACCCCCGACCACUUUCCUGAAGGCUGCCCCAAUGAGGUACAGAACAUCAAGUUCAACAGUUCGGGUCAGUGCGAAGCACCCUUGGUGCGAACAGACAACCCCAAGAGCUGGUACGAGGAUGUGGAGGGCUGCGGGAUCCAGUGCCAGAACCCACUCUUCACCGAGGCAGAGCACCAAGACAUGCACAGCUACAUUGCGGCCUUUGGUGCUGUCACUGGCCUGUGCACGCUCUUCACCCUGGCCACCUUCGUGGCUGACUGGCGGAACUCGAAUCGGUACCCUGCGGUUAUUCUCUUCUAUGUCAAUGCUUGUUUCUUCGUGGGCAGCAUUGGCUGGUUGGCCCAGUUCAUGGAUGGUGCCCGCCGCGAGAUUGUGUGCCGUGCCGAUGGUACCAUGAGGCUUGGGGAGCCCACCUCCAAUGAGACCCUGUCCUGCGUUAUCAUCUUUGUCAUCGUGUACUACGCCCUGAUGGCUGGUGUGGUGUGGUUUGUGGUUCUCACCUAUGCCUGGCAUACCUCCUUCAAAGCCCUGGGCACGACCUACCAGCCUCUCUCAGGCAAGACCUCCUACUUCCACCUGCUCACAUGGUCACUUCCUUUCGUCCUCACUGUGGCAAUCCUUGCUGUGGCCCAGGUGGAUGGGGACUCUGUGAGUGGCAUCUGUUUUGUGGGGUAUAAGAACUACCGCUACCGUGCUGGCUUUGUAUUAGCUCCAAUCGGCCUGGUGCUCAUCGUAGGAGGCUACUUCCUCAUCCGAGGAGUUAUGACUUUGUUCUCCAUCAAGAGCAACCACCCUGGGCUGCUGAGUGAGAAGGCUGCCAGCAAGAUCAAUGAGACCAUGCUGCGUCUGGGUAUUUUUGGCUUCCUGGCCUUCGGCUUUGUGCUUAUCACCUUCAGCUGCCACUUCUAUGAUUUUUUCAACCAGGCCGAAUGGGAGCGCAGUUUCCGGGACUACGUGUUGUGCCAGGCUAAUGUGACCAUCGGGCUGCCCACCAAAAAACCUAUCCCUGAUUGUGAGAUCAAAAAUCGUCCCAGCCUCUUGGUGGAGAAGAUCAACCUGUUUGCCAUGUUUGGAACCGGCAUUGCCAUGAGCACCUGGGUCUGGACCAAGGCCACACUGCUCAUCUGGAGGCGCACCUGGUGCAGGUUGACCGGGCAGAGUGACGAUGAGCCCAAACGGAUCAAGAAGAGCAAAAUGAUUGCCAAGGCCUUCUCAAAGCGGAGGGAGCUGCUGCAGAACCCAGGCCAGGAGCUCUCCUUCAGCAUGCACACCGUCUCCCAUGAUGGGCCUGUGGCGGGUUUGGCAUUUGACCUCAAUGAGCCUUCAGCUGAUGUUUCCUCUGCCUGGGCCCAGCAUGUUACCAAAAUGGUAGCUCGGAGAGGAGCUAUACUACCCCAAGAUGUAUCUGUCACCCCUGUGGCAACUCCAGUGCCCCCUGAGGAACAAGCCAACCUGUGGCUGGUGGAGGCAGAGAUCUCCCCAGAGUUGGAGAAGCGCUUGGGCCGGAAGAAGAAGCGGAGGAAGAAGAAGAAGGAGGUGUGUCCCCUGGCAGCAGCUUCUGAGCUUCCUGCCCCCACCCCUGGUCCUGCCACCAGUGCUGUUCCUCGGCUGCCUCAGCUGCCCCGGCAGAAGUGUCUGGUGGCAGCAGGUGCCUGGGGAGCUGGGGAAUCCUGCCGACAGGGAGCCUGGACCCUGGUCUCCAACCCAUUCUGCCCAGAGCCCAGUCCCCAUCAGGAUCCAUUCCUCCCCAGUGCUCCAGCUCCCAUGGCCUGGGCUCAGGGCCGACGCCAGGUGCUGGGGCCCAUCCACUCCCGCACCAACCUAAUGGAGGCAGAGCUCAUGGAUGCAGACUCAGACUUCUGAACUUUAAUAGCAGGACCUGGGACAAGGAAGAGAAACACACACCACCCUGAGGCUCUUCUUCCUCCCCUGAGGGUGCUUCCCUGGGGCCUCUUCUUCCAGAGAAGCUCUGGGGCACUUGCCUUCCUGGGAGAGUUCUGUAUGUGUGGCUCAAGCAGCAGGACUGUAGGAAAGAGCCAGAUGUCACUGGUAGGCCUCAUUCUAGGUGCAGCAGGGCCCUAGAGCUCAGAAUCUUCAUUUCUCCCCCACCAGCUGGAAUCUGACUGGUGGUCUCAGUCUCCAGCACAGCUUGUGGUGGGUGAUAAUAGCAGAGACAGGGGUGACAGUACAGAGUGGACUGUGGUGGCCAUGUCUGGCAGAUGAGAGCUGGCUGCUCUUUUCUGUGCCAAAGGGUGCCCUUUUCUGGUACUCUCAGACCAAAAGUGUUUUUUGUAUUGUUUGUUGUCUAAGUGAGGACAGAACCCCCUUCUUUCUUUUCUUGGUGGUUGUGAUGUUAGAAGUGUCCUAUUACAUAGUGGCCAUGAUCUCUGUUAACAGAUGGCCCUACCCAAACCCAUCCUCUGUUUUCCCAAACCUUCCCCCUUACCCAUCUCAGUUCCACCCUUCCUACUUCUUGUCCAUUGAUUAGGACCCAGUUCUAUAGUACACACACACACACACACACACACACACACACACACACACACACACACACACACACACACACACUCGCUGCUGAGCUCCAUCUCCAGGUAAGAGAUUAGUUCGGCCUUGACCUGUUGGAGUAGAAGCAUGGACUACCAGGAACCUCAGCCUUGGAGAGUUUUGGGGAGCCUCUGAGCCCCUGAGUCAUGGGUUAUGUAUCUCCUUAUUUUCGUGCAGCAAGGAUGACCCUCUGACUUGAGGGGCUACUCUGAAAAGCUACUCUGUAGUUUUAGCCCUGCAAGAAAGCUUCUUUCAACAUCCACAAUUAGUGGGAGAGGAAACUUUCCACCUUUCCUAACUUUUAUGUCUCCAGAACUCCACAUUCAAGAACCAGACAACAAGAAGUCUUAGUGGUGGGCUGGG